AUGGCGGCGCCGGUGCCGACGGGCGGCCUCCAGAAGAAGCCGGGCGAGCGGCUCGGUGACGCGGCGCUGCCCCCUUUCCCGCGCCGCGCAGGGGAUCUGCGGAACUCCGUGCUGAGCCCCCCUCCCUGUCUGGAGCGCUCCCAGUAUCGGGGCUUCAGCCUUUCAGGACAUCAGCAUGUGGAUAUUCCUGAAGAUGAUGCUGAUAAACUGCUGUUAGCAAACUGGGGGCUUCCCAAACCAGUUCUAGAGAAAUAUCAUGGUUUGGGAGUAGUUCAUAUGUUCCAGUGGCAAGCAGAAUGCUUGAUGCUUGGACAAGUCCUUGAAGGAAAAAACUUGGUUUAUUCUGCUCCUACCAGUGCUGGGAAAACUCUUGUUGCUGAAUUACUCAUACUGAAGAAAGUUCUAGAAACUAGUAAAAAAGCCUUGUUCAUCCUACCUUUCAUCUCUGUGGCUAAAGAAAAGAAAAAUUACCUACAGGCUAUGUUCCAAGAAGUAGGUGUGCGAGUGGAAGGUUAUAUAGGUAAUAUGUCCCCUGCUGUCCAUUUCUCUGCCCUGGAUAUUGCUGUGUGUACUAUUGAGAGAGCCAAUGGUCUGAUCAAUAGACUCAUAGAUGAGAAAACGCUGGAUUCACUGGGGAUAAUAGUUGUAGAUGAGUUGCACAUGUUGGGAGAUUCUCAAAGAGGGUAUCUAUUGGAACUCCUGCUGACAAAAGUUUGUUUUUUGACUGUAAAAACAAAGAAAAGAGAAACAAACAUGGUCUGCUCUCUCUCUAAUGGGAUACAAAUUAUAGGUAUGAGUGCCACCCUUCCCAAUCUGGAUCUUCUGGCCUCCUGGCUAAAUGCAGAACUGUACUGUACAGACUUCCGUCCAGUGCCUCUUGUGGAGCAAGUGAAAAUUGGCAGCAAGAUUUAUGACUCCUCAAUGAAUGUCGUGAGAGAGGUUAAACCUAAACUACACAUGAAGGAUGAUAAUGAUCACAUAGUGAGUCUGUGUUAUGAGACUGUUCACGAUGGCCAUUCCGUUCUUGUCUUCUGCCCAUCUAAGAACUGGUGUGAGAAGUUGGCAGAUAUCAUUGCCAGAGAGUUCUGUUAUCUCCAGCACAAGUGCCUUCAAAAGAUGUCUACCCUUUCACCUGUUAUACUGGACACAGGGAGAGUAGAGGAGUUGAUGAGUCUGCUAAAGCGUUCGCCUUCUGGCUUGGAUUCUGUGCUUCAGCGGACUAUAAAAUGGGGUGUUGCUUUUCACCAUGCAGGUCUUACAUUUGAUGAAAGAGAUAUAAUUGAAGUAGCUUUUCGUCAAGGAAUACUUCGAGUUCUAGUAGCAACCUCUACACUUUCUUCUGGGGUGAAUCUGCCUGCAAGACGGGUAAUUAUCCGAACUCCUAUGUUUGGUGGCAGAUUGCUGAGUGUCUUAGCAUAUAAGCAGAUGACUGGGAGAGCCGGAAGGAAGGGAGUAGACACCAUAGGUGAGAGCAUUCUGGUAUGCAAACCCUCUGAGAAGUCAAAAGGGAUUACUCUGCUUCAGGGCUCUCUGCAGCCAGUGCGCAGCUGCUUGCUCAACAGUGAGGGAGAAGCAGUUACUUCCAGUAUGAUCCGGGCAAUCCUUGAGAUCAUUGUAAGUGGAGUGGCUGACUCUCCAGAUGACAUCCAGCAUUAUGCUUCCUGUACACUUCUCUGGGCUACCUUGAAAGACUCCCAGGAUUGCAGGAGUCAGCAGGAAAAAAAUUGUCAUGGACCUAUUGAGGCAUGUGUGCAGUGGUUGCUUGAGAAUGAGUUCAUUCUGAUUUCGAACUCAGAUAUGGGUAAAGAAAGGUAUCAUCCAACACAACUUGGCUCUGCUACCCUGUUUUCCUCCUUUCCCCCAGUGGCAGCACUAGAAAUUUUUGCUGAUCUCCAGAGAGCAAUGAAGAGUUUUGUCUUGGAGAAUGAUUUGCAUUGUCUGUAUUUGGUCACUCCUGUUUAUGAAGACUGGACUAAAAUCGAUUGGUAUCUGUUCUUUUGCUUGUGGGAGAAGUUGCCUGCCUCAAUGAGAAGAGUAGCAGAGCUAGUUGGAGUUGAAGAAAGUUUUUUGGCCUGCUCUGUGAAGGGAAAAGUCAUUGCUAGAACAGAGAAGCAGCACAGGCAAAUGGCCAUCCAUAAAAGAUUUUUUACAAGCUUGGCUCUCCUGGAUUUAAUAAAUGAGGUUCCUUUAAUGAAUGUUGCUAAGAAAUAUGGUUGUAACCGUGGACAACUUCAGUCUUUACAGCAAUCUGCUGCUACUUAUGCAGGGAUGAUUACCAUUUUCUGUAACCGGCUGGGGUGGCACAAUAUGGAACAAUUGCUCUCUCAGUUUCAGAGUCGCCUUACUUUAGGAAUCCAGAGAGAGCUCUGCAGCCUUGUCCAGAUCUCACUCCUAAAUGCGCAGUCUGCCAGAGCUCUUUAUACUGCUGGUUUCCUCACAGUAGCUGAUGUGGCUAAAGCGAAAGUUGCUGAGGUGGAGAAUGCUUUCAGAAAUGCAGCACCAUUCCGAAGUACUCGUAGGGCAGUAGAUGAAGAUGAGCAGGCUGCUGAGGAACGGCUUAAUACACGCUGUAUGUGGAUUUCAGGACUGAAGGGAAUAACUGAGAGUGAAGCAGCCCAUCUUGUUGUGGAGGAGGCAAAAACUCUGUUGAAGCAGGACUUGGCUCAUUUGCCGUGGAAUCCUAAUGCCUCUCUCCUAUCAGAUGCAUCUUACAUAUUUUUCACAAGUAGCCAUAAUGUUACUUUAUUAGACAAAACUGGUGAUUCUCAACCUAUGAACGUGCCAUAUGUUAACCAAAAAAGCAAGAGACUGCGAGAUACUAGUUCAAAAAAUUCCAGACUUGAAGAGAAGAGUCCAGUAGAGAGGAUUAAAACAGAGGCAAGAAUUGCAGACAUGUACUGUAGUGCAAGAAAAUGGAUGAAUCUGGACACAGACGAAAAAACUAUGACACACACCUCUGGGAAAGACAUGAUGGAUACCAGGAAAAUGUCGAAAAGCAUUGAACAGGGGACAAAGCUAGUACUGAAAGCUGCAUCAAAGAGAGCUCACAUUGCAAACCGAUUGAAAAGAAAGGUUGGAAUUCAUUUAAAGCAGAAUAGGGAUAAAAACAAAGUGACAAAUUUCAGUGGGAUAUUAGAAGCUGCCAAUACAAAUGAAGUGGAUAAUCAUGCUGAUAAUGUCCUGAGGGAUACUGAAUCUAUUGAAAAUGAUUGUUCACUUGACCUAGAUUUUGUCUACAAAGAAUUUGAAGAAAGCUUCCAGUUGGAUACCCAAACAGAUAAGCUAUUGCAGCAUCAGGUGACAGCUGAAACUGCAAAUGAACAAGGAGUCAAAGGAAGAGAACUAGUAGCAAACCCAGAACAGAAAGUGUGCAUUCGUACAAAGUGUGCUAGCAUUUCAGAAACUGAUGCUGUGCAUGCUAAAGACAAGCUAACAUGCAGAAAACCCCAUAUAAAGAAAAUGGAUGUAACAGGAAAUGUAUAUUUAUUGCAUAGUAAUGUGUCAGACUCUGGGAUCUCUCCGAUUAAGCUUACUGAGAAAUCCCCAAGAACACUAGCAUGCCUUGAAAGAAACAGUUUUUCUAUCAUGGACUCCCAGUUAGACAGCUUCUUAAGAGACUAUCAGACUCCAAACUUAGCAGAAGAGCAGGUAUCUAUUUUUCCAAAGAAGUCUUCCUCUUUUAUCAGCCAGAAUACACUGACUGUGGAAGUAAAUAAAGACCAUCUGAAUAGCAGUGAUAGCUUGCUAUUUGAUGAGGACUCUGGCUGCAUUAAUGGCCUUCAAGCUGUUCAUAAUGGUGAGACAGCUGUCAUGGGGGCAUUUCCACAGCAGCAGGCUAUUUCUCUUCCGAACAAAGCCACCCUAGAACAUGACCUGGUGUCAGAUAAGGGGAUGACAAAUGCCACUGGUAACCUGGAGGAGUCAACAGGGUAUAACAAGGAUGAUUCCUUAGUAUUCUCUGGUAAUGAUUCUUUCCACUUAGCAGAAAGACUAAAUACUGUGGUGGUGCCACAGGUCCAUAGGGACAUGCUGUGCCAGUGGAACAGUCUGAAUGAUGAGCCAGUUACUGUUAGGUGUGAGAACACUGAAAAGGGUACAAGUGAAAAUCCAGGGCGAGAUAGUAUGGAAAGAAAAGAAAGAAACAAUUCAAGAGUAGCAUUCUCCAAGAAUGAUGAUUCAGACACAAUCUCUUUCCCCUAUCAUGGCCAAUGCAACUUAUCUUUUUGUGAUGAUUUUGAGGGCAACUAUAUAACCAGAAGGAUGGAUAAUCAGAAUAAGGCUUGUUUGCUAAUCAACAGAAAUGGAAGACCGGUUUCUUGGGCAGAUGGGGAAAAAAGGUCUCUUCCUCCAGUGAGCCGCAUGGAUCCCACACCUUUUGUGACUCAUGUACAAGUGGGAGGUAUGAAUCCUGCAGACAAAGUUCCAUGUCCUCAGCUUCUACAAAACAAUAAACUUGAUUCACACCAGCAAACAGAAAUAUUUCAGCAUAAGGAAGAAAAUGGAGAAAAUUAUGAGCUGUCAUUUGAGGAGGAUAACUCAAUUAUAGCUGAAGGUUUUUCACUCCAGUUGUCCCAAGAUAAAGAUCUGCUACCAUCUUGCAGUGCUGAAGAUUUCACUAUAAUUGAUGUGGUAAAUGAUAUGACUCUGUUCCAAACUUUCAUUAAAGAAUGGAAGACAAAAAAGAGAUUUGCUGUCUCUGUGGCUUGUGAAAAAGCAGAAGGCCUCCUGUCCCAAAGACCAGGAAUUGGUGCCAAGCUCAAACAAGGAAGCACUCUUCAGAAGAUUCAGCAUAAAGAUGACAGAUUUUCUUUAAAAGCCUGCAAAGACCUUUCUGUAGUUGGGCUAGCUGUGUGUUGGGGCGGAAAGGAUGCUUAUUAUAUCUCAUUGCAAGAAAAACUUCAAGAGGAGAUAGAAAUCAGUGCCAGUUUGGUACCACCUCAAUUGGAACAGAACUUGUCCAUAGCAGAGAGACUGCGGCACCUUCGGCUCUGCCUACAGGAAUCCAAGAGAGUAUUUUCACUUGCUGUGUAUGACUUCAUUCAGCACUACAAGAUUCUCCUGAAGGCCUGUGACAUCUCUUUGACAGGAUGUUUUGAGGACCCAAAGGUGGCAUGCUGGCUGCUGGAUCCAGAGUCUAAAGAGCGCUCCCUACACAACAUGGUUGCUAAUUUCCUUCCUCAGGAAUUGUUCUUACUGGACAAGAUUGGAGUAGGCCAAGGGAGACAAAGCCUAGGACUCAGUGCUGGUUCAGAUCAUUCUGGGCGCUACAGGGCUGCUGUUGAGUCUGUUCUUGUCUUCCAUAUCAUGAACCAAGUCAAUACUCUUUUGCAGAAGGAUAACUUGCAAGAUGUGUUUCAUAAAGUAGAGAUGCCAAAUCAAUACUGUUUGGCCUUGCUAGAGCUCAAUGGUAUAGGCUUUAGCACAGUAGAGGGUGAGGCCCAGAAGCACAUUCUGAAAGCAAAACUGAAUGAGAUUGAGAAUCAGAUAUACCAGCUGGCAGGCCACAGUUUCUCCUUGACUUCUCCUGAUGAGAUCGCGGAGGUGUUGUUCUUAGAGCAGAAGUUGCCAACAGAUGGAGAACCAAAAUUGCAAAGGAGCAAGAGAACGUUAGGUUACACCAGGAGGGCAACAGCAAAUGGAAACAGGAUCCGGUUGGGUAAACAAUUCAGUACAACCAAGGAUGUUUUAGAGAAGCUGAAGGCAUUGCAUCCCUUACCGGGCUUGAUUUUAGAAUGGAGAAAGAUCACCAAUGCAAUAACAAAAACAAUAUUUCCACUGCAGAGGAAGAAGCUUUUAAACCCUGUAUUGGGAAUGGAAAGGAUCUAUCUUGUGUCUCAGACUCACAGUGCUACAGGUCGCAUAAGCUUCAGAGAGCCAAAUAUACAGAAUGUGCCUAAAGACUUUGACAUUGAAAUGCCAGUCCUGGUUGAAGAAAGCCCGCCUUACCAAAGACAGCAGAAGGGGCUCAGUAUUCUAAGAAGCAGAGGUAGAAGACAUUCCAUGGUACCAUGUGGACUUAAGAAUCAGAUUGACAAUCUAACUGAAAGGAAAGAAAUACCAUUUUCUGUUAGCAUGAGACAUGCAUUUGUCCCAUUUCCAGGUGGCGUAAUUUUGGCUGCUGAUUACUCCCAGCUUGAACUGAGGAUCCUUGCCCAUUUGUGUCAUGACGCACGGCUUCUCCAGGCCUUGAAUGGUGGUGCGGAUGUGUUCAGAAGCAUUGCAGCUGAGUGGAAGAUGAUGGAUCCUGAAGCAGUUGGGGAUGGCUUAAGGCAGCAGGCCAAGCAGAUUUGCUAUGGGAUCAUCUAUGGAAUAGGAGCUAAAUCCUUGGGAGAACAGAUGGGUGUUGAAGAAACAGAUGCUUUGUACUACAUUGAAUCUUUCAAAUCCAGAUACCCAGGUGUUCAGAAAUUCCUGAGAGAGACAGUACAGAAAUGCAGCCAGAAUGGGUUUGUACAGACAAUCGCGGGGCGGCGGAGAUACCUGCCAGCAAUUACAGAGUUAAACCCUUACAAGAAGGCUCAGGCGGAAAGGCAGGCUGUGAACACUGUUGUCCAGGGUUCUGCAGCAGAUAUUGUCAAAACAGCUACAGUGAAUAUUCAGAAGGAACUAGAAGCUUUGCCUUCAGCAGUAAAAUCUUUUGGACACUUGGAGAAUAUAUUUCAGAAAGGAUGGACAGAAAAAUCAGAAAGGGCAGAAAAGAAGCAUCUGAUAUAUCCCAAACAUGGAGGGUUCUUUAUACUCCAGCUGCAUGAUGAACUUCUAUAUGAGGUUGCAAAAGACAGCAUGAUGCAGGUUGCACAGAUAGUUAAACAUGAGAUGGAAAAUUCGGUAAAACUUUCAGUGAAACUCUUGGUAAAAGUCAAAGUUGGAACUAGCUGGGGAGACUUGCAAGAGUUGGACUUGUAA